AUUUAUCAUUAUAAAAUGGCACCUAAUUAAACACUUGUUAAAAUUACGAGAUUUGAUGCAAUCAUGUUGGACACGAUCUGAGCGGUUUUGUUUUCCUGGGAAUGCAAAUAUAAAAAAGUUUGGGUACACGUGCCACUUAACCCACUAUUUCACAACACUACGGUCUACACAGACUCUUAACUCAUACUAUCCUUUAUAUGCCUUUCCCUUCUCUGACCCUUUCUAUGGGUUCAUUUAUUCUCUACUAUUCAGUGCGACAAAGGCGCGGCCUUUGUUCGUGUGCUUCUGUAUUUUAUGAUUAUAUGUGUCGUCUUUUGUAGUUCUUAAGAUUGAGAUCUAUAUACAGUUUUAGAUUAGUCAGAUUUUUGCGAUAAUUUUGGUAAUGGGCGUUGAACGACCGGAUUGGUUGCCGGCUGGCUGGAGAGUUCACGUGAAAGUUCGGACUUCUGGAAAGAAAGACAAGUAUUAUGUCAAUUCCUCAAAGGGCCUCACGUUAAGCUCGAAACCGGAGGUGCUUCGGUAUCUAAAAAGUUCUGGAAAAGAUGUGAAACUGAAAGGUUCUGGAAAAGAUGUGAAACUGAAAGCUUCUGGAAAAGAUGAUAAACCAAAGGAAGUGACUAAGAGUAACAUCCAAAAGACUGUUGCGGAAAAUUUACCUCCAGGAUGGAUUAAGGAAGUAAGAUCCAGAAAGAAGGGUAGCAAGAAAAAGAGUGACACGUAUUAUAUUGACCCCAUCAGCGGACGACAAUUUCGCUCCAUGCAAGAAGUUUUUCGGUACCUUGAGUCAAAGGAUUUGGAGGAGCACGCCAAGUCAAAGUCCGAUGUCCGAGAUCAUGUCAGUAUUAAGUUGGGAUACGCCUCUAAAUCUUCAUCUGCUGGAGCCAAAGGACAGAGAUCGACUGACAAGAAUGCUGAUAAGAGUUUAACUGGCAAACGAAGUGUAAAGUCAGGUCUUGAACGAUCGAGAUUUGCAGUUGGUUUAAAAGAUGGUCCGAAGGCAAAUGUAAGUAUGCCAACAGAGCAAGGAGGAGAAGAUGAUGCACCAGCUACCGAGCUUUCUGAUAAACUUGUGGACCUAUUUCAAAAACUUGCAGAUAGAAAGAGUAGAAGAAAGAAAUUGGCUGACAACAGAGUGGAUAAAAGUGCUGAUAAAGAUCAGAUAUCAAAAUCAGAUCAGAGAUCAAAAUCAGGGUCAAAAGUUAAAAACCAAGAUACGCCUAUUCAAGAGCAUGGAGAUAACAAACACGACUGUGUGGGUGGAGAUCUCCCACAUAAGCUGCGACAAGUAAAUGCAAAUGAACAAGUUGAAGGUGGAAGAAGACAAAGUAUGAGACUGACAGUCAGAAAACAGAAAGAUAAGUCCUUACGAUCAGCUUUUGCAGGCUCGGGAGAGGCUGCCAAGAAAAUUAUUAUCCCAUCUGAGAGCGAUAUGUUGGAGGAGAAAGUAAAGGAAAAUAAUUCCACAGGCGACAGUCAACAACAGCAUGAAAGCCCAUCAUACAACAAGAAGAGAAAAACACUAAAUAACAAACAGUAUGAAAGCCCAUCAUACAACAACAAGAGAAAAACCCUAAAUAGCAAAUCGGCGAGCGACUUGCCACAUAGAAAGCCAAAAAGAAUCGCUCGUGAGGAAAUUGAUCUUCCAUCACAAUCCCCCGAAAUUAAGACGAGCAAACAAUCCGGAGCACUUGCAGCCUCGCUGCCAGCUGGCAAAUCGGAAGAAGUUACUGCCGCCAAAAACAACAUCAGUAGAUCUGGGCCUUCGGACAAGCCACAGAUUGUCACCUUUGCCCGCAAAAACUCAAACGAGCAUAAGCAUUCGAAAUGUGCACUGGAAUAUUAUUCGACCAAAAGUGAGGAAAAGCCUAAUAAACCCUCUCUGCCAGCUGGCGAGCUGGAAGUUACUACUGCCAAAAACAAAGAGAUUGGCAGAUCUGGGCCUUCCAACAAGCCACAGAGUGACACCACUGCCCACGAAAACUCAAAGGAGCAUAAUCAUUCGAAAUGCGGGCCGGAAAAUUCGACUAAAAAUGAGGAAAAGCCUAAUAAACCCUCUCCGCCAGCUGUCGAGUUGGAAGUUACUACAGCCAAAAACAACAUUGGGAGAUCUGGGCCUUCCACCAAGCCACAGAUUGGCACCACCGCCCACAAAAACUCAAUGGAGCAUAAUCUAUCGAAAUGCAGGCAGGAAAAUUCGACUAAAAAUGAGGAAAAGCCUGUCAUUAGUCAUGACGGCAAGGAGGAUGAAAAGCCUGGUCAAAAGCCUGAAAUGAAUCCCAAAUCUGCAAUGAACGACCUGUUGAGGGAUCCUUGCAUUGAAUUUGCCGUCAAAACUCUAACAGGUGCAAUUCCCAUUGAGGAAGUGAAUAAAGUCGGUAGAAACCCAGUUUCUUCUUCUCUGUCUUCGCUUCAUGUAUCUUCAACUUCGUCUUCUAACAAGUCGGCUUCCGGGAAUAUUUGGGCCGACCCUUGUUUUGAAUUUGCCGCGAAAAUACUCACAGGUGAGGUUCCUGUGAAGGACGACGGCUCACAACUUCGUAUCGCAUUUCAGCAGCCUCGAGACCCAUCUUUAGAUAAUGUCUACCCUUUGGAUACUUUUAGUCAAUUUGCUGGCGUGAAAAAUGCCUGGGAAAGGCAACAAGGUGUAAAAGAUCCUUCUCUUGUUCGUGACUGUGGGCCGGCGUUAAAGGACACCAAAAGGGAGCUUUAG